GUGGCGCAGUAACACCAGUUUCUCUUGUCGAGGCGGCCAUCUUCUGCUUUCUUGCACGAGUUGAGGAAUUGCGAUAGAAUAAUAUUUCGGAAUGGCCGAUUACUCGAGUGUUGCCCCUCCGUCUUCGGUGUCUGGUGGGGGUAUGAACGACGCAUUCAAGGACGCCUUGCAAAGAGCUAGACAGAUUGCUGCGAAAAUUGGUGGGGACGGAGGUGGUGCUCCUCCCCCGGCAAACACCAACGAUUUUGGAUAUGGAGGUCAGAAGAGGCCUUUGGAAGAUGCAGAUGACUCUCCGACAAGUCUGGACAAUAGAACACACUGGGAGGGAUUGCCCUCUCCUUUCAAAGAACAACCAGAAACAAAGAAAGUGGCCUCCCAGAAUGAUUCAUUUGGUUCACCAAUGGGAGGAAUGAGUGCACCCACCAGGUCUGUUAUUACAGAAGAAUUUAAGGUUCCAGAUGGAAUGGUUGGAUUCAUUAUUGGUCGAGGAGGUGAACAAAUAUCUCGACUUCAGCAAGAAUCUGGUUGCAAAAUUCAGAUUGCACCUGAUAGUGGCGGUUUGCCUGAAAGAUCUGUUACGCUGACAGGAUCACCAGAUUCCAUUCAGUCUGCCAAAAGGUUGUUAACUGAAAUUGUUGAAAAGGGACGUCCUGCACCAGUCUUUCACCAUUCAGAUGGUCCAGGAAUGUCCGUUCAAGAAAUUAUAAUUCCUGCAAGUAAAGCUGGUUUGGUAAUUGGAAAGGGUGGAGAAACCAUAAAGCAAUUGCAGGAACGUGCAGGAGUAAAGAUGGUCAUGAUUCAGGAUGGACCUCAAAAUACAGGUGCAGAUAAACCAUUGAGAAUUUCAGGAGACCCUUACAAGGUUCAGCAAGCUAAAGAAAUGGUUAUGGAACUCAUCAGAGAUCAGGGUGGAUUUAGAGAACAACGUAACGAAUAUGGAUCUCGAAUGGGUGGAAACGAUUUCAGUUUGGAUGUACCUGUUCCUCGGUUUGCUGUUGGCAUUGUAAUUGGCAGAAAUGGUGAAAUGAUUAAGAAGAUCCAGAAUGACACUGGUGUAAGGAUUCAGUUCAAACCAGAUGAUGGGACUACUCCAGAGAGAAUAGCACAGAUAAUGGGUCCGCCAGAAAGAUGUCAGCAUGCCGCUGAAAUUAUUACAGACCUCCUUAGAAGUGUACAGGCUGGAGGUCCACCUGGGCCUGGAGGCAGGGGUAGAGGAAGAGGAGGUCAGGGAAACUGGAACAUGGGUCCUCCUGGAGGGCUGCAAGAAUUCAAUUUUACUGUUCCCUCUAUGAAGACUGGGUUAAUCAUUGGCAAAGGUGGUGAGACAAUAAAAAGCAUUAGUCAGCAAUCUGGCGCAAGGAUAGAGCUCCAGAGAAAUCCUCCUCCAAAUGCUGAUCCCAACAUCAAGAUGUUCACAAUACGUGGUUCACACCAACAGAUUGAUUUUGCCAGGCAGCUUGUUGAGGAAAAGAUAGGAGGUCCUGUUAGUCCAAUGGGUGGCCCUCAUGGUCCUCCAGGUCCCCAUGGAGGUCCAGGCCCUCAUUGUCCUCCUGGUCCACCAGGACCUCCACCCCCACCGCCAAUGGGACCUUACAAUCCUGGGCCAUACAAUCAAGGACCUCCUGGUCCGCAUGGACCUCCCGCCCCAUAUCCUCCACAAGGUUGGGGUAAUGGAUAUCCACACUGGCAGCCACAAGGACCACAAGACCCAAGUAAAGCAGCCGCAGAUGCUAAUGCAGCAGCAUGGGCAGCAUAUUAUUCUCAGUAUCAGCAGCAACCUCAACCACCAAUACCUCCUCCAAAUGCUGCUCCAGCCACCGGCCAAACAAAUGGACAAACAGCAACAGCAGCUGGUGACCAACAGAAUCCAGCUCAGAGUGGGCAGGCAGAUUAUACAAAAGCCUGGGAGGAAUAUUACAAGAAAUUGGGUCAGCAAGGUCAACAGCAGCAAGACUACACAAAAGCAUGGGAAGAGUACUAUAAAAAGCAAGGUCAGCCAGCACCUGCCGCUGCAUCUCAAACGGGUGGGCAACCAGACUAUAGUGCUGCAUGGGCGGAAUACUACAGACAACAGGCUGCAUACUAUGGACAGGCAAGCCCCCAGGGGAUGCCUCCACAUCCUCCUGCUCCACAACCACAACAGGGCCAGUAAUGUGAAGUGGACAUAAAGUAUUUGCUUCGUUGUCGAAAAAACCUUUGUUAAAUAUAUGGAUGCAGCCGCCUUGAUGAAGAUCUUAAUUUGUUUGGUUUAAAAACAGUGUUUAAAACUGUUAGUAAGAGUAACCGUGACAGAGGCGAUUUCUUGUAUAAAUUGAACGGUUUGUUUUUAGUAUGUGGUUCAUAGAUUGGACAUUCCAGUUCAUGUAUUUCAACUCUUUGUGGUAUAUUCUUAUGUUUAUAAACUGUAGAAAUGUUCAUGUAUAUCAUCUCAGUUUUAAAAUGCCUGUUUUGUGUUUUGCAAUAAACUAAAUGAAACCUCCUGUGUUGGUAAGUUCGGUCAAAGUAA